AUGGAUAAAUCCAGUAAACGAACAGCAUCUGGACUACGAGUUUAUAAAAUUGUCUUAUUAGGAGAAGGUGGAGUAGGAAAAUCAGCUGUUACAUUGCAAUUUGUCAACCAUAGUUUCGUCGAACACCAUGAUCCCACUAUAGAGGACGCAUACCAACAACAAGCUGUGAUUGAUGGUGAAGCUGGUUUACUUGAUAUCUUGGAUACAGCUGGACAGGAAGAAUUUACAUCUAUGAGAGAGCAGUAUAUGCGUGGUGGCGAAGGUUUUAUCUUGGUUUAUUCUAUCACAGAUAGAAGAAGCUUUGAAGAAAUUUCCAAUUAUAUCACUCAUAUCGAACGAGUAAGAAAUUGUAACGAUACACCAAUUGUUAUUGUGGGCAAUAAGUCUGAUUUAGAACAUCAAAGAGUAGUUAGUACAACUGAUGGCCAGACUUUAGCACGGCAGCAUAAUUGCUCAUUUUGGGAAACAUCAGCAGCCUUGCGCCAAUUUAUUGACGAAUCAUUUCACGGCAUCGUUAGAAAAAUACGUGAAAAGGAAAAAAUUACAGCAGCAAAUGAUAAAAGUAAGAAAAAAAGUAGUAAAGCCAAUGCUGUCAAACGGCUGUUUAGUAAGCAUAAGAAAUAA